AUGGAUCACAUCCAGCAAUUAGGACCCACUAUCAAAGACAUCGCCUGGCAUAAAUCAGGAAUCUUCAAGCGCGGAGCCUAUGCUUUCUCGUCCCCCCAGGAACCGUCCGCUGCUGAUAUUCUCCGGAAUCGCGCAUCGGAGAAAGGCAUCAACAUCCAGUUUAUCGGAAAUGAUCCGGAGCUUCCAGUACAUGUGCCGCAGCUGAAGCCAGAUGUUCAGCGUACGAAUUUUUCGGUUGCGCUUGCUGCUGCACGCUGUCUCCUCAGAGAUAGAGCUCCCAAAAAUACUCCGUUAUUAUCGGAUGUGGAUAUUUCGCAGGCUAUAAGCCAAUUUACAUGGCCUGCGCGCUUUCAAAUCAUUGUCGAUGGGGUAUUAAGCUGGUUUCUGGACGGUGCGCACAACGAGAUGAGCGUUAGCAAGGCAGCUGAGUGGUUCAUCGAGAGCUCCCAGGGAGACAAUGCAUCUCCCGUAAGCAUCUUGGUCUUCAGCCAAGUAUCGAAACAAAGACAUGCGAAACUAGUCCUCGAACGACUGGCCAUUGCCCUCAGCCCUAUUCAUAUCGAUCAUGUCAUCUUCACUCUUUACGAUCCACAGCAGGACUUGGCCUCUCCAGCAGGUAAAGUUCUCAUUGUGCUUAUGAAGCUCGCCCACUAA